AAGAACUUAAAAAAUCGGAUUGUUUCCGAAACAUUCAUUCCAGUAAAACCCAUUGAAAUCGAUCUAUAGAAACACGAAAAAACACAGAUCAAGUCGUACUUUAAAAGGCUAAAGAUACGAACUUUGCAAACUUUUCGAGCCUAAAUGUCAAACUCAACCUCUGACCUCCAUAGCCGUCUUCUCCGAGUAUCUGAACCAAUAGCAGAGAUUCUCAGACGCACUCAUUACACACCGCAAGAGAGCAGCAAAGUAUCCACCAAAGACAUACUCUUGUCUCUGUUACCAAACACUUCUCCUCCUCCUCGCUUACUCAACGAAGAACAGAGUCUCGCUUCCAUCAAAAGUCUCUCCCUUGCUUGUGCCCUUCUCUCUUCUUCUCGUUCCUCCACUCACGAACUCCUCUCAUGGAUCCCCGAAAGCCUCAUUGUCGCAGGAGAGUCAGCAUUCUCCGAGAUUUCUCGAGAUUACUUCAGUGAGAACAAGAGGCUGUUGGUGAUUGAGUUGUUGCCGGUUGUUUUGCCGGAGUUGAAAGAUGGAAUCGAAGGGAGCUCAAUGAGUAAGGACAGUGAUGCAGAGGAUGUUUCAGCUGCUAUGGCUAGAAAGCCAGUUGGUUAUGCUAUCUUGGCUGCUCAUCAGCUCAGGUGGUUUGUGACUCAGGUGGAUAAACCGAGUUUGUCGAAAGUUUGUAACUUGGUGGUUCCAUGUGCUUUAACAGCACUUGAUCAUUGGUCUCCUGAUGUCAAAAGACAGGGUAUGAUAAGCUUUGUGCACAUUGCAAAAGCUAUGAGUUCAGGUGAUCUCGGUCCGUAUGGAGAUGUGGUUCUUGAUGCGUGUUGCCAGAACAUAGCUUCCGAUGACGAGAUUUGGAUACAUGUGGUGGAGUUAUCUGUGCUUCUCGUGACUAAACUGCAUCCAUUUAAUCCCCGUAGCUCAUGGUAUGAGAGGAUCAUGAAUGAGAUGCUUGGACAUCUAGAACGCCAACCAAGAAACAAGGAGAGACGUGUAGCUUGGUUAACAUUCGUUGAGCCACUCUUGAACUCUUUAGGGCUUUUCUUGCUUGCUCAUUUUAGACGCAUCUUCCCUCUUUUCUUCCAGUGGAUGCAUUCGGAUGAUGGCGAAACCGUUUUGUUGGUUCUUGAGAGAGUGGAGACGAUUGUGAAGUUGACAUGGAUUAGAAACUCGCCUCAGAUUCCAAGAUUGGUGGAGGAGCUUGUUUCCUUGUACAAAGAGUCAUCUAUGCGGAAGGAGCGUGAUGAGAUUAGAACUCUUAUCUUCCGUAUCUUGAAGCUACUCCACGAGUGCAAAGGAUUACAGUUUGAGUCAGCAUGGAGACAGUACCAGGAGGAUCCAAAUCUGAGCACGGUUGAGGAAUAUAUACGUGGACUAUCUCUGUCUGAACCGAGAGAGCCUCUCGUUGCCUCUGAGGUUGUUUAGGGCCAUUAAUUAGAGAAAUCACAAAACAUAAAAGGGAAUCUUCUGAAGAGACUAGUUUCUCUCUUCUUAUUUCAAUCUCUCAAAAAGUCUUAUGUAAUCUCUCAAAACUACAGACAAUGCAACAACAAGGAAAAAAAAAAAAUAGAAUUCAUUCGACAGUUCAUGGAAACCUCAAAAACCAAAUCUUUAUAUACAAACCUGUUUUGUUUCAUCAUCAUCAUCAUGCUUCCUCCCUCAGGACUCUAACAGUUGGUGGACAAUCUGUUCUCUCGCCAGCAAGAGAGUAGUAAGCUAGUAUAUGAGCCGGAUGCUCCA